AUGAGUUUAUCUCGGCUGCCUGUUGAUGUGGUAUACCACCUAUCUCAUGAGUAUCGACAACAGGCGUAUCUGCAUGCCCAUACUGUGAGAGAUGAGCGCCUUUUAAAGCAGUACUAUACGCUGAUAUCGAUGGCUAUCAAAUGUUUGGAGUACGCUAAGGCCCAGUAUGCAUUGUCAAUGGAUCAGGAUUAUCAGAUUACUAUGGAAUUGGUUGAGAUACUGGUAAAAGAGACACAUAAUUUGGAUUUAGCAGAGCAAUACCUGUCAAGUCUCAAGGAAAGAUUGAAAAAUCAUCAAGUGGCGGCUUCUACAGAGACUCUAUUUAGGCAAAGGAUGCACUGUGAAUUUUUAUCACUGUACGAAAUGCCCCUGAGAAGAGAUUCCAAAUUUCAUUUCAAGAUCGCCUCCAGAAACUGCGAUGCAUUGUUACAGUAUUUCCAGAACGUGGGUGCCGAGUACCAAGCUUGGAAGCAAGUGUUUGAGUACGUUAACGUAUGUUUGAAUGCGAAAUUAGGUAAAAGAUCAAGGGCUAGGGCUGAUUUCAUCAAGUUGGACAAUCAAAAUAUGCCCGGACAGUGGGGGGCCUUUAUCACAUUGAGUCAUGCUAGCUUUUUGCUAAGUCGUAGGUAUACGAUUUCACCAGAGAUCCGUCAGAAAUUAAAUUGCAUUGAUGUUAGCGUUGUGGGACCCCAUUUGUUUAGUUGGAAGAUGGUAUUAGAACUUUACAUUCAGGUUUUUGAAGAUAAAAACAUUACCAAUAAUUUAAAUCAGUUCAAACAAUUUUUCGCAGAAUAUAAAGGGUUUUUGUUGGAUAAUGAUGGAGUUUGUGAUGUGAACAUUGACGAAAAAGUAAGACUUCGGUUGACCCUUCUGUGUGUUUUUCAAUAUAGGGAUUUGAAAAACGUCCUAUUACUUUUACAAAGUGUUAGUUUCUUGGUUAACUGCCAUGAUAAGAAGGCGAAUUUCUCUACCAAAUUUUUACCUAAAGUUCAAUCUACCACAGUCAAAUUAAUUGAAUCCAAUAAGAAAAAUGGUGGUAAAUCUCUAAGCUCCUACGAUGAAGAUAGAAAUCUUUAUGAGCACAUUUUGUCAUGUGUAGAUUUUUAUCAAAAAUGGGAAAACUUCCUACUAUCUUCAGAAGUAAAACCUUUGAAUCAGGCAACUGGAGACACGAUAGGAUUACUAUAUUCACCAUUGUUGGAGGCGAUGAAACUGCAAGUGGCUGGCAAUAAUGAAUCUGUGGGUAAUUAUGAAAAGAUAACAGAUUCUAAGCAGGUUAACGAAGUAAGAAUUAUAGCUAUGGUGAAUUCUUUCGUUAUAAGAGCUUCAAGAAUGAGUAAAAAUAUUCAAAGAGAGGAGAAUAUGGCACGUUGUAAUUCACUAUGGGCCGAAAUGGAUCAUAUUCUAAGAGAAUCAGACCUUUGGAAAAACCAGAUGUGGGGAUGUACUAUGACUAUACUAUGGUUGCUAUCUCACUUAGAGCCCUUUACAUCUAGUCCCAUGCCAUCCACUGAUGAGGAAAAAUCCAGAUUUUUGACGCUAUUGAGAAAUUACUACAUGGUUAACAAGGUCAUUAAGGAAGAUAGUCAAGAGAUGAAUGUUGAUGGUGGUAAUUUGAAAAUAAAGAAAAGUGUCUUGCUACAAAUUCUUUUGAACUAUUUGGGCGGCAGAUUGUUGGAACAAGAUUUAGCUGUUAUCUGUCAAGUGUCUGGAUUAUGCUUUAAACUGUCAAGACAACAAAACUCUCUUUAUUUACAAUACGUCAUAGGUAUUUGGCACCUGCUUAAUAGCACAGUAGCCAUGAAUAGUAAAGAAGUGACAAUAAUGAGAUCUAAAUUGGAAGCUAUAGUUAAAGAUUUAGUCAAGUAA